CCGCAUCAACGCGCCCGGCGGACGGAGCCAAUCGGGACUCGAGCUCGGAAGGAAGGGGCGGGGCGGGGGUGGAUGGCGAUUUCAACCCCAAGCUUCGGGUGGGCGGGGAUCCCACGUGCGCCUGCUGAUUGACCGCUAUCCAGGAACGGCCCGCCCUCCCUUCCCCAUUGGCCCGUCUGCCGCGUCUCUCCCCACACCCCCGUAAGCCGCGAGUGGCUGCCGCGGGCUGUCCGUCAAAGCCGGAGGUGGGCGGGGCGGCGACGGUUGGCCGGAGCUCGCGGCGGAGCUGGGUGCGAAUUUUGAGUCAGAGCGCGAGGUGGUUGGUGGCGGGAGCGGCGGGAGGAGGAGGGGGGGACCGAUGGGCCGGCCAGGAAAAUAGCCGUUAACACUACAAAAGGCGUGUUAUGCCGACGCAAAGAGAAGGGGAAAUGUUCAGAGAGGGAUGAAAGACACUGAUUAUUAGAUGUGACCCCCCCUCCCUCCCCACAAACAACUAUCACUUACACUCGCUGAGGGGGGCAGCGCCUCCAUUUCCAUGACAAACAUGGCGGCCGGCAGCGGCGGCCGUGUCGGCUUCUUCCUGGGCGCCUGCUGCUGCUGCCUGCUGCUGCGGGGCUGCCAGGCGACGGCGGAGGGGGAGGAGGCCGGCACGGUCAUCAUCGGCCUGCGGCUGGAGGACACGGACGACGUGACGAGCAUGGGAGGAGGCGUGGUGCGGGUGAGCGAGCGCACCCGGGUCCGGCUGCGGCUCUACGGCCGCCACAUCGACAACAGCACCUGGAGCCGCAUCGGCUUCACCGAGCACCGGCGCACGGCGGCCGACCGCGCCUUCGACCCGUGCGGCGUGCGCACCUCGGACAUCGUGGUGCUGCCCGGCGUGGCGGUCAGCCGCCGCAGCACCGGGGUCAUCGAGAUGGAGAUCAAGCCGCUCCGCAAGACGGAGAAGACCAAAGCCUAUUACCUGUGCACGGCGGCGGGCCGGGCGCCAGAACCGGCCGACUGGCUCUACCACGACGCCGAAGACACCAUGGUGGUGGUGGUGGAGGAGAGGAAGUUCCUGCUGCCUUUCUGGCUGCAGGUCAUCUUCAUCUCGGUGCUGCUGUGCCUGUCGGGCAUGUUCAGCGGCCUCAACCUGGGCCUGAUGGCGCUCGACCCCAUGGAGCUGCGCAUCGUGCAGAACUGCGGCACCGACAAGGAGAAGAACUACGCCAAGCGCAUCGAGCCGGUGCGGCGUCAGGGCAACUACCUGCUGUGCUCGCUGCUGCUGGGCAACGUGCUGGUCAACACCACCCUCACCAUCCUGCUGGACGAUAUCGCCGGCUCGGGUGUGGUGGCCGUGGCCGUCUCCACCGUGGGCAUCGUCAUCUUCGGCGAGAUCGUGCCGCAGGCCAUCUGCUCCCGGCACGGCCUGGCCGUGGGAGCCAACACCAUCGCCCUCACCAAGUUCUUCAUGCUGCUCACCUUCCCCGCCUCGUACCCGGUCAGCCGGCUGCUCGACGUGAUCCUGGGUCAGGAGAUCGGCACCGUGUAUAACCGCGAGAAGCUGCUGGAGAUGCUGCGGGUCACCGACCCUUACAACGACCUGGUCAAGGAGGAGCUCAACAUCAUUCAGGGCGCGCUGGAGCUCAGGACUAAGACGGUGGAGGACGUGAUGACCCCUCUGCGGGACUGCUUCAUGAUCGCUUGCGAGGCGAUCUUGGAUUUCAACACCAUGUCCGAGAUCAUGGAGAGCGGUUACACCAGGAUCCCCGUCUACGAGGGCGAGCGAUCAAACAUCGUCGACCUGCUCUUUGUCAAGGACUUGGCCUUCGUGGACCCCGAUGACUGCACACCUUUGAAGACCAUCACCAAAUUUUACAACCACCCCUUGCAUUUUGUUUUUAACGACACCAAGUUGGAUGCGAUGCUGGAAGAAUUUAAAAAAGGUAAAUCUCAUCUGGCGAUAGUACAGAGAGUGAACAAUGAAGGAGAAGGGGAUCCAUUUUAUGAGGUGCUUGGAAUUGUCACACUAGAGGAUGUAAUUGAAGAAAUUAUCAAAUCAGAGAUCUUGGAUGAAACAGAUUUAUAUACUGAUAACAGAACCAAAAAGAAAAUUACACAUCGUGAAAGGAAACAAGAUUUCUCUGCUUUCAAACCAACAGAUAGUGAGAUGAAAGUCAAGAUCUCGCCGCAGCUACUAUUAGCAACACAUCGUUUCCUAGCAACAGAAGUGGAGCCAUUCAGUCCAACACAGAUGUCAGAGAAGAUCUUACUGAGGCUGCUCAAACAUCCUAAUGUCAUUCAGGAAAUGAAAUUUGAUGAAAGAAACAAAAAAGCCCCAGAACAUUAUCUCUUCCAUCGGAACAAACCUGUAGACUAUUUUAUUCUAGUUUUGCAGGGGAAAGUGGAGGUGGAAGCUGGGAAAGAAGUAAUGAAGUUCGAAGCAGGCGCCUUCUCUUACUAUGGCAUGAUGGCUCUCACAUCCUCUCCAGUUCCCUUGUCUCUGUCUCGUACUUUUGCUGUCAGCAGAACAGAAUCAUUGGCUGGUUCACCAGAUAAUCGGUCUCCACCUCGAACAUGCGGCUUAAACCAUUCUGAUUCAUUGAACCGGGGCGAUCGGAUUGAUUCAAUAGCAUCACAGAUGGGGAGUAACAACAGUCAACUAAAUUCAUUGCUGCAAAUGUAUGUUCCAGACUAUUCAGUGCGUGCUCUGACUGACCUACAGUUUGUAAAGAUUACAAGACAGCAUUAUCAGAAUGCCCUGAUGGCAUCCAUAAUGGAUAAAACACCACAGUCAUCAGACAGUGAAAACACUAAGAUCGAAUUGACUUUAAAUGAGAUGCACGAUCACUUACCCGAUGAAACAGCAAACCUACUAAAUGAGCAGAAUUGUGUGACUCACAAGUCGAAUCAUAGCAUGCACAAUGAAGGCAAAAUAUAGAAUAGCGACAGAGCUGCUCACUUGCUUACUUUUCAGAGAACUGCUGUAUUGUGUAUGCAGGCACAUACAAGCACACAUGUCCACUGUCAUGAGACCAAAGAGAUGUGCCUCGGCACAAGAAGGUGAACAAAGAAUGACAGAGGUGGUUGAGUUGAACACUAAACAACUGCCAAGAUUUCAGACAGAUCCUCUGCACACUGGUGGCUUGUUAUCCUUCUUGAUUUUCAUGUUUUCUUUUGUUUUCCUUGCACAAGAGGAGAAUGGUAAAAUGUUGGAAAAGUAGUAUAAGCGCCACAUUCUGGCUGAGAAGAGAAAUGUGUAUUUUUUUAACGACAACCUAUUGAGAUUAACUGUGAGAUUGUAAAAUUUGUUUUAAAUUAUGGCGUGUGAUUUGAGAUGGUCAUUGAAGGUGAAUCUUCAAAAUUUUGAAAAUGCGUCCAUUUCUCCAGCUUAAUUUAGUAGGUGUUUGACGUUUUAAGCACCCAUUGCAUUAAAUAGGAUGUUGUUGCAUAUUUUAUCCCAAAAGAAUUGGGGUUGCUGGGCAUUUAAAUUGUAACUUGAAUAUGGAAACUUGAUUCCACAUUUGCACAAAACGUCAUUGACUUAAUUGAUUUCAACACUUGUAUGCAAACUGUGAAUAACACUCCAAUAUAUAUGGACUCUAGAACUCCUUUGGAAGAUAUAGUCAUGUCUACAUAGCAGGUAAAUAUGCCAAAUCCACCAAUGGACGAAUGUAAAAAAAGGUUUUUCACAAUUGAGAAACGCAGCUGUAAUUGUAAGUGUUCUUAUGGCAGAUAGACUAUCACUACAUAUUGUUUAAUCAAUCAACUUUGCAAGUAAAUUGCAGUUUGUAUUAUAUUGUACAAAACUGACUCUGAGGUGAAGUAUUCUGACUACAGUAUUCAUAACUAUGUAUAUAUUAAGCACAAAAAAAUCUAUGGAUGAAGUGUAAGUUUCAUAAGAUUGUCAGUUAAAUGACAUUUAUAAUUAACAAUGGUAAAGACUUUGUAGAUUUACAGACUAUUUAUUUUGUAUAUGAUUUAUUUGUAUAUUUUGUGAUUUCAUUGUGUGUUUUGUUUAUUCUGAUUCUAUCAUUCCAUUUGGUUAAAAUGGUUUUAUUCUAAAUGGUUUUUCAUUCCACUUUGUCCUUUGUGUUAUUUCUCAAUUCAGUAUGAAUUACGGUUUUGUUCUUAUCGAGUGCCUCUUCACUCUUUCUGUCUUGGAUUCCUUUGAGCAGAUGCAACCUGGUGCAAUCAUUAAUGGGGCUAAUUAUGGAAAUGGAAAAAGACUAACGUGGCCUGGAGUUGGUUAAUGGAGCUUCUCAUUUUAUACUUCAAAAGUGAAUAACUUUAAUAAAGAAAUGAUUCAUAAUUAAAUGGGCACUGAUUUAUUAUCAGGACAUGCUUAGGACCAAGCAGUUCUUCAUCCAGGAUAGCAAAUAAACAAAGCAAUAUUGACACUUCCAGAUAUCCAUCAACAACAGUGGACUAUAGAAAGAUUCAAGAUUUUUCUUUAAGUCCUUGGGCUGAUGUGCUUGGUAAAUUUAACCCAACUUGGGCAAAACAUGAUAGGCAAACUGUUAGAAUCACCGGGCAUUACUAUCUAGACAUUUUUAGGUGGCUGAGGUCCCUGACAAGCAGACAAGCACUCCAUGAAUUUGUUGGGAUCUAGUGGCAUUUACAGGGCAAGGUGUCUCACUCUGAAAACAUAGUGAGAGGCUGGGGGAAUUGGAAGGAUAUCCCAAGUCCAGAUAAGAAAAUGUGAGGGGAAUAGGUGCCAGUAACAGAACCCACAUUCCAUCAAUGUGAAUAGAAGAUCUGAAAUGGCCACAAGGUCUUCCUGCUUGACCAUCCUUUCAGUGGAUGAUUCCUGGAUCCCUAGGCAAUAAAGACUCGUCCUCUAAUGGGCCUAUUCGAGGGAUAGUUAUUGAGCGUAAAGUGCUAGAAGGCAUCUGUUACUCAGUAGGGGCAAUACCUUUCAUCAGCAUUGUGAGGAAGCAAAACUCAACAUGAUCACUAACUUGUUGGUUUGUAAGGGAAAUCUGUUCAAAAAAAAGCCCAAGUUGUCUGCCCUUCCUCCCGGGCAGUGGAUAUCACCAUAUUUAUAUUCCACUCAUUCUGGGUAACCUUUCUUCAGAGGAACAACUUCAUUUCUAAGGAUUUUGUUCAUUUUUUUUCUUGGAUCUUUAUCAAUCUUUUCUGUAAAAACACCUGCAAAAAUGAAUUACUCAAGUUUAACGACUCAAGGAAUGGGUUUGGAUUGUAAAUCUGGUAUUGGUUUGAUACCCAACAAUUGUUGAUGAACAAUAUCCUUGACAAUGAAAUAUCAGCAACUAAUGAUGUGGUCAGUCUAGGGAAACUGAGACUGCAGAAAGUGUUAAAGAGGGGUUCAAAAUUAUAAAAGGAUUUUGAUGAGAAAAUAAAGAGAAGCUUAUUCAUUACUAAGAGUUUUGUAAUUACAGGAAUUGGGUAAUUGGAAAACUACCCAAUGGGACCAAAAGGUAGACUGGAUUGUUUUGCAUUAUGACCUAUUGUUAUACUUGAAGGAACCAAAGCCGUUUGAAUUAAGUGAUCUGCCAAUGCCUUUCACUCUUCAUUUCUUUAACCUUACUUGACCAAAGUCAGCUGGCACUGGAGUGCUUGUAAAUCUGUCAAAUGUAUGAAAAUGGACCAAAGGCUCUGUUUAUUGAGAGUGCUUGUAAAUGGGACCUUUGGUAAAAUGUGUACUACUCACAAGUAAAGACAAUUAAACUGAUGAAUGAGGUUGUGCUGGGUGCAACUAAUUCUUACACUUAAAUGUUGGGUGUGCUCUGCUUCUCCUGGUGCUUGGGACUCAGCUACCCAGCAAGCACUCUCCUCCAGGAGCUUCCCUGACCUGUCUGGAACACCAUUCAACUGUUGAGUCUUCCCUCGGUACAAAAGAAAGGUGUGACGUUGCUGUGUCUUUGUCUGAUUGAGCGCAUAGGGUUAAUUUGGGGAGCAUAAAGGAGUGAGAGUCAAAAUAAAGGAAUCAAAGGCUAUGGGUUAGUACAGGAAAGUAAUGCUGAAUUAAAGAUCAGCCAUGAUCUCAUUGCAUGCCAGAGAAAUCACAAGGGGCUGAAUGGCUUGGUCCUGUCUCUUUGAGCGCAGGCUGAUGUGUGAGAUGCUGCAGCAGAGUGCAAUUGGAAUGAGUGGAGCAGUCCCUGCUCUGAAAUGGCUCUAACACCACCAGCUCGGUGCUUUCUCCUCCUCUCCUCCAACCAUGGGUUCCCGACCCUUUGUUGCGAGUCCUGUAACCAGUGUCUGGCCCAGCAGAAUCACUGUUGUUGAAAGCGUUGGUGCUGUAUGCAAGAGAUAGAUCUGAGCCCUCCGCCUUUCUCCCUCUCCUCCUCGCCCCUUGCAUCUUUCUCUCAGUCCUCAGUCUGCCUCUGAACUUGAAAAUUACUGUGAAGUAUUUCAAUGCUAUUGCUUUGAAUGAUGAAAGUUUUGAGAUAUUUGGGAACAAAAGCGGCUUCCAGUCAGAUUCCUAUGUUGUGGGAUUGAGUGUCACCUUCACAGAGUGGUUGAAUAAAGAUGUAUAGCAUGAGAGGUGGACUACCUUUCGUGGAUGGCAACUGUUUGACAGUGUUGACUGAACAAUGGCUGACUUCCAAAUCGUCAAAUGCCAGGCAGGAUGAAAAGUAAAGGUUCUGUACGAAAUCCGAGCCUUCCCAACCCACACCCAUCCUCCCCACAGAGUGCAGCAGGAAGGGAAUGUGAGCCCUCGUUCUGGUCACCUAUAUGUACAAUUUUUCACUGAGCAGUCAUCGUUGGGUCUGUGAGUGGAAUGAUUGAAAACCUGCACUAAUCUGUAAAAAGUACAAAUCAAACCCUGCACUGUUGUAAUUUUUUGUAGAAUAGAAAACCUUGUAACAUUUUGUAUUGGACUGUGAUACAAAUUACUAGAGUUGGACUCUAUAAUAAAUAUUCUAGGAGUGCAUUAACACAAAAGAAUCAGAGUGGAAUUGCACUGUGUGAUCAAUGUUCCUUUGGCAGUGCCUUCUUCGUUAUGAAAGCAGAUAGUGCAAGGAUACCACUGUAUAGCGACUGCCUUCCAGGGUGGAAUCAGACUGCAAUAAAUAUUCCCUUGUACAAUGCUUUUCAAAGUGUGGAGUCAAUAUAGUGAAUGUAUGUCCCUCUUUGUACAAUGAUUCUCCCGGGUAGGGUCAGAUCGUGUAAUAAAACUCCUGCACAGUGCAUCUCAGCCUUAACAUCACAUUGUGGUUAUGGGAUGGAGAGAGGGAGAGAAUGAGGGAUUUCUUUGAGGAUAUAUUUAGUCGAAUGGAUGAGGGAGAAACCAAUCCCCUCUCUCUAUGGUAUUGAUCUGUGUAACCCUGUUAUCAGGUGCGUCAUAGGGGUACACCUGCUUUGUAACAAUCUAACGGCA